UAGUUAAGUAUCGGAGCAAGUUGAGAUGUAUUAGGGAUUCGAUGCAGGAUGUUAGCUUGUGGACUGAUGGUGGUCUUCCCUCACCCUUGUUGCUGAAACUGAUGAGGGAGGUGGUAUCGGGACUCGGCCAUUUGCAUGACUUGAAAAUACUCCAUCGGGACUUAAAGCCUCAAAAUAUCUUGAUCACUGGGAAACCAUUAGUUGCGAAGCUAUCUGAUAUAGGAAUUAGCCAUUCCUGCCUUCAUGGAUCUUCCAUCACCAGUUGUGGUAACUUAGGAUGGCAAGCACAUGAGAUGCUUCUUCCAGGUGGGCAACAUACUUUGGCAAAUGAUAUUUUUAGUUUUGGUUGUGUCCUCUUCUUUUGUGUCACUGGUGGAAAACAUCCAUUUGGCAAACCUGGAGAAUGUUGCUUUAACAUCAAGAACAACACAAUGGAUCUAUCCUCGGUGGCCUCCAUGCCGGAGGCUCAUGAUUUGAUAUCGCGUUUACUAAACCCGGAUCCUUUAUUGAGGCCAACAGCAUCAGAGGUGCUUCGACAUCCAUUCUUUAGUGAUGCCAGCGAUAGAGCAGUGAAGGUACCACACUCCACGGAUGCUCCAAAACCAGUGAAGGAGAUCGGACGGUUUCCUGCAAUUUUGAUGGAGUCCUAUAAGGUGGUGUCUCAAUUCUGCAAAAAAGAAGACGUCUUUCGGAAGUGCUUGAAAUUCUUAAAGUGAUGUGCUUUUCAG